AGAACUUUAGACUAUAUUAAACAGCUGAAAGUCCCACAGCUUCCAGAGACUGAGAAGUAUGGCAUCACAGGGUAUCUAUAAGAGGUGUGAAGAACCUGAGAAAUACGAGAAGAAACCAAGCAUGAUAUUAGAAAGAGCAGGUAGUUUCCUGCCACAAUGUUGCCGAUGCGGUUCAGAGGGAAUAUCCAUACCCCCCAUUUACCUUGUGAACAUUGCAUCAUUUUUGCUGUGGAUCAUCACUGUUGCCGUUAUGAUUUCAAAAUAUUCUGAGAUGUCCAAGAAACUAGAAGAUCUACGCUUGAAUCAAACUUUGCUGAGAAUAAAUGGUCUCAACACUGAGAAGCAGUUGCAGGAGUUUCACUCCAACCAUUCUGCCUAUGAAUCAGUGCUAAAUAACAACCUGCAAAAUCUGAAAGCUUAUCACAAUAGCACAAAAAAGGAUGUGAUCAAUAGAAUGGAUCAGAUGGAAAUUAAAAGUGGAAAGAAUUUGGAGGAGAUCUUUAAAUUAAUGGAUGCAAUCCAUAAGAUUAACGCUUCAGGCUGCCAGUUAUGUCCAGAAGGUUGGCUGCUGAACAGAGGACAAUGCUACUAUUUUGAGAUGAUGAGUAAACACUGGUCUUUUGCGAAGAAGUCAUGUGAGGAUCAUGGAGGCUCCAUGGUUGUCAUUAAUGAUAGGGAUGAGCAGAGGUUUCUUCAAUUACAUCUAAAAGGCAAGGAGUUUUGGAUUGGUCUAAAUGACAUGAAAACUGAAAGCAAGUUUAUCUGGAUCGACAAUACUCCUCUGACAUAUAUCCACUGGUAUCCACGAGAACCCAACAAUGGUGGAAAAGGGGAAGACUGUGUAGUGAUGACCGCUUCAGGCUUUUGGCAAGAUCGUGAAUGUGGAGGCAAUGCGGAUGGCUGGAUUUGUGAAAAGCCCUGGAAUUGCUAACUGUAUCCAAUAAGAGCAAGAUUCAACAUUCAGCACUCCUCACAUCAUGUAUUAUUUUGAGCUUUGUUAUUUUUAUUCUAUGUUACUGAUUUACUGUGUUUUACUUUACUGAGGACUAUCAGUAUAUGGUACAGUAUAGCUGUUUUAUUAAAUAAUAAAGCGCAUAACACAUUAGAAAGGUAUGUCCCAAAUCUAGCUAUAAUAUCGAACACCAAAUUUCAGAAACCAACAGUAAUCCACAAAAUUCAUUAAGUCAUCUUAAUGAGAAAAAAACUAUUAUUCUCAGGCUGUUUUGGAUUUUCCUUGGUAAAUUAAAUAACAGUGAGAGUUAACCAGUUCACCUUCAGGUAUGCCUAUUGCUUUAUCAUUUGAAUGGUAUGAAAGCAAUGAAGCAGGUUUGACAAUAGAUAGCAAUGAUAGUAUUCUGGGAAUAAUAUAACAUUUCAGUGUUUCUGGUUUUAACCUUUGCUGCAGUAGUUCCAAAAAGCUUAUCCAGUAUGGACUGGAAAGGGCUUUUCAGACUCUUCUAUUCCUUCUUGGACCCCAGAUGCAAAAUUAAUGAAUUGGCUGUUAAUUGCCUCUAGAAUAGAUCUCUUAAGUGUCCCAGCAUCAGUUCCUAUACUGAACAUACAUGUAUGUUUAUUUCAUCACUAGUUUCUUCUCAUUUACUAAAAGAAAAACAUUUCUGCCCCAGCUCCCAUCUUCCAUGGGAAAAGAAAUUUACAUCAAGGUAUUUGUUAAAGAAAAUGGGAGAUAGUUCAUCAACUAUUAUUGAGUUAUCUGAGGGACUGCCUCUUCUUGAUUAUAUCAUCCCAGCCCAUUA